UUUGUUAAAGUCGUUAUCUGACACAGUUAAGCUUGCCUAAUACAUAUGUGCUCUUGUUAUAGAUUUCUGGCACUGGACUUGGGGCAUUAGAUAAAAACGCAGAGUCAGUAUUUUCUAACCUUACCAAUGCCACUCAAAAUCCAUUAACUAUUAACACGUUUCCUAAUUUGAAUGCAUCAGUUGAAGUGAUCAGCACCAUGUCUACCAUUCUGGCAAACCAUAGUGUAAAUGAUACAACCACAAGUAAUCAUUUCCUGGCCUCAUCUAGUAAUCUGCUGGAUGAAUCUCUUAGAAACUCGUGGAAUCCACAGAAUACUGAAAGCAACCAAAACCUGGCUGAGAAAUAUCUGAAGUCAGUUGAGAAGUUAAUUGAGAUAUCAAACAUAAGUAAUGGUUCUGAUCAAACUAACUUACAUGUACAGACAUGCAGCGAAGAUGAAUGCACCAAUACGGUGUUCAAUGCCUCAGUCACUGUUCAAAGCUCAGGAAAUGGCAUCGUAAAAACAGCUGGAUUCAAAUACCUGCAGGACUAUUUGCCCAAUACAACAAACACAUCCAACAUCAACAGCAUUGUUGUGUCAACAACCACUCAACGGGGAAAAGAAAACCUUAAGAUUACAAUAAAGCUCCCAUUGCUCACACCAAGGCCUCGCGAUGUUAGUCUGCAAUGUGUCUCAUGGAACUACAGCCAGAGCAACUGGACAGAUGAAGGAUGUGUCUGGGGGGGCGCUUCUAAACCUGACGAGUGCAUUUGCAAUCAUCUGACUUCAUUUGCCAUUCUGAUGUCCAGGUAUCCCAUUGAAAUCCCUUACAUGACCGAGAUAACGUACGCUGGACUUUCUGCGUCAGUGGUGUCACUCGUUAUCAGCCUCCUGAUAGAACUGAUCGUCUGGAGCAAAGUAGUCAAGACAAAUACUCUACAUUUGCGCCACACCGCCCACGUGAACAUUUCUCUUUGUUUGCUGGUGGCAGAUUGCUGUUUUCUGGCAUCUUCUAAACCAGAGAGCAUUUCAGAAAUCUGGUGUAGAAUCUCAGCUCUUCUGAAGCAUUUCUGCUACCUGGCCAUGUUCUUUUGGAUGUUGAGCCUGAGCACCACGCUCCUUCAUCAGGCAGUUUUCCUGUUUCACAAAGUGGGCAAGAAAACCUAUCUGAGGUUCUCGUUGAUCCUGGGCUACGUUUGUCCUUUUCUCAUCGUUUUCAUCACAUUUCUCACCAACAACGGCGGCGCUCAAGGCGCAUAUUUCAGUAUGAAAACAUGUUGGCUGGUUUAUUCUGGAAUUCUGAAAGGAACCAUCUAUACAUUCAUUCUCCCAGUUGGUAUAAUUGUUUUCAUCAAUUUGUUUGCCAUGCUGGUGGUAAUCAUGAAGCUUCUGGACCAUAGGAGCAGAGAAAAAUCUCAUGAGAAAGAAAUACAGGCUGCCAAAACUGUCCUGAGAUCAGUUAUUCUUCUGACUCCAAUCUUUGGUUUGCCAUGGAUUUUUGGAUUUGCAACAUUUAUUCUGGACCUCACAGCUGGAGCUGUGACUUUUGCUGUGAACUACGCUUUUGUUCUGCUCAACGCAUUCCAGGGUUUGUUGAUUUUGUUGACCACGUGCCUGGGGGACAGAAUGGUAAAAUCAUUUACUUCUAGAGAUAAGAGGCCUACCUAGUUUAGUUACAUGCUGCUGUAUCACUGUGAUAACAUUUGAAUAUAUUUAAAGUUUGAAGCCAAUGGCAGGAACGCAUGAUCUAAAAUCCACAGCUGAAUCGAUGUGUCAUUAUUGUUGUAGUUGCUCUCAGGUUAAUUCUGUGUCAUUUCAGUUAUUUUAAUAAAAUUAUUAUCAACAGUUAUCAAAAGUAUCCUUGGAAAUGUUUUCAUCAAACUUUGUUUUUAUUCUGAUUUUGACAGACUCGUGAAGCACUGCUGGACUCUUUCAAGAAAAAAGUAAGUGAACCACAGCUUGUUUGUAAAUGACCACAGUGACUGAUGAUGAAUGACGCACAUCUUUUUCCUCUGUUCUGCAGGCUCCACCAACCAUCAGCGAAAGCUCCACAAAGUUGGAAUCAACAAGUAAAAAGUCCUAAACAACACCUGUACACAUGUAUACUCACAAAACACUACA